GCACAACGACGCCAACCAUGAACAACACGUUUAGCAGGAGGGUGGUGGUGGUGUGGUUGGUGGUGACGGCGUUGUUGACGGUGAGCGACCAUCACCACCGUUGGCAUCGAUGCAUGGGCGAGGUGGUGUUGGCAGAGGAUGACGCAGGCGCGUUCCACGUCAACACGAGUGACCCAACAACGCAGCCCGUGCUGGUGAACGGGUUGAACAUGAACAGGCUGUUCGAGACAGUUGCGGCGCACCAGAGCACGUUGCAGGAGCACGGAGCGGUGGCGCAGGCGCAGCAGCGCGUGAUUGAUGCGCAGGAGCGCACCAUUCGCUUACAGCAGGCAAGGGUCGAUGCCCUGAGAGCGGAGGUGUGCCGUGCGAGCGUGCGGCAGGACUUUGGGCAGUUUGGGGUCGCGGGGAACAAGUGGGUUGGCGGCGUGCUGGCGCGCAACGGCCUGAUCUACGCUGCGCCGUACAACGCUGACGCCGUCCUCAUCAUCGACCCCAGCACCACCACGGCAGACACAACCACGAUCCACGAGAUUGGCGGAGGCAUACACAAGUGGGCUGGUGCUGUGCUGGCACAUAAUGGACUCGUGUACAUGUUUCCGGCAUCGAGGGCAGAGGUGCUUGUGCUCAACCCGGAGACAAACGCAACCGACACCACGACGCUGCAUUCGCUGGGGUCGAGCCAGUACAAGUGGUUCAGCGGCAUGGUUGCGGACAACGGGCUCGUCUUUGGCGUGCCUUAUUCUGCCACAUCCGUGCUCAUCAUCGACCCCACCACCAACGCCACCGACAUCAGCACCUUGUCUGGUCUUCCCACGGACGGCCAGAAGUGGUACAACGCCGUUCAGGCGCCCAACGGCCUUGUCUAUUGCGUUCCAUCCACGGCGUCGUUUGUCCUCAUCAUUGACCCUGUUUCUCUCCGAAUGGACACCACGACCAUACAAGGGCUUGGGGCGGGGCUCUACAAAUGGCUCGGCGGCGUGCUUGCAGGCAACGGCCGCAUCUACGCCAUUCCUGCGCGGAACGCCACCGUGCUUGUCAUAGAUCCGGCCACCAACACCACGGACGCGCUUGUCGUUGCUGAGCAGACCACCUCGGCCAAGGGGAUCGGUGCUGUGCUUGCCCCCAACGGCAACAUCAUCGGAAUUCCACACGACGCCGCGUCCGCCCUCAUCUUUGACCCGCGCACCAACACCACGGACACGACCUCCAUCAGCGCCCUUGCUGGAACAUCCAGGUGGUUUGGCGGUGUGCUUGCAGGCAACGGUCUCAUCUACGGCAUCCCAAGCUUUGCAGACCACAUACUCGUCAUCGACCCAGGGUGUUGAAGGGGGGUGGGGGGAUGAAUGUGUGUGUGGGUCUG